AUGAUGACGUCAUGAAUCAUGUGACUGAAACGUCACUGAAGAGAUGAAAACAUCAGAUCACAGACUGUAACCUUCCUAACAUCAACACAUGAAACCAACAGAAACGUCAUUUUUCCAUCAUCUCGUUGUUUCUUCUUCUUCUUCUGCAGCGGUUUAAAGACACCGACUGUUUAUCUGCAGUGGAUGGAAACAAACGUUCACUACAUUGUUUGUGAAAUCUUCAUUUGUAAAGUGUAACUACAGAUAAAUGUGAUGCAGUAGAAAUAUAUACUCAAGUAAAGUGCAAGUAUCUUAAAAUGGUACUUGAGUAAAAGUACUUCCACCGCUGGUUUAAAUGUCUUCAAUAAACACAAAGCUAAUAGACGACGAGAGCUUCCGCCAUCGUCUCCGUCUCUCUGGAAACAAGAGUUCACGCUACGUUAACGGUUUUCUGGAAAUUUGGUUAAAAUUAUUUGAGCGACAUUUGUCUGAAAUCUCCACAACUCCUCGUUUAUAUGACGACAGUCAGCAGGUUUCUUCAUCUCAGGACAUUUUCACUUUGUGCAUAAAAAAAAAGGGGUUUUCUUCUCUUUUGAGACACACAGAGGGUUAAAAACAACGUUAAUAAACUUUUCUGCACUACAGCUGCUGAUAAAACGCUGAUAACUUUCUCCAAAGGUGUAAUUUGAGUUCUGUCUCUCAACAAGAAAGAACAAACUCCCCUCAAUGACUUAAAUCGGACAACGUGUAGUUUUAGGGCAGCGCUUUUCCUUGUUAGAAAAGAUAGAAACACAAGUUGACCCUCCAGUGAAACUCCUUGUGACGAUAUUCUGGAAAUUCAGUGAAAGUUUAUCUACAUUUAGAUGGAAACCUGGUUUGUGAGAAAGUGUGCAGUGACUCAACUUCUCAUUGAUUUGACAACAGAUAUUCUUUAUUAAAGUCAGCAGGAUUCAUCCUCAGGAGAAGAUGAAUAGUUGAAACAAAAGUCACUUCCUCUGAGAGAUGGAGGGAGGGAGAGGAGGACGACCUACAGAGACGUAGACAAACGGAACAAGUGCAGGAGAGAGAGAAAGAAAGAAGGAAGCCAUUUUGGUUCCAGUUUUGACACGUCUGCUUGAAAUUUGCUUUCUUCUCUCUGGUUUCUUCACCCUGAAAGUCUUUCAGAGAGUCAGACAGCGGGAAGUUGAGAAACGAGGCCCGUCUAUCAGAGCGUCGAAGCUGCUGCAGCCUGAAGGACGGCUGGACGGUCGGUGGACGCCCAGCUGAAAGGACAAGACGGCAGAACCAGGGGAGGGGGGUAAUAAUAAAAGAUAAAACCCUGAGACGCUGAGAGGAAACUAUACUCCGAGGUGGCCGUCGCUCUCUCAGAUGGUGGUGUCAUCCUGUUAGAGCAGAAGUCUUCGGUGGGACAUCGGCUGGACGGACAUCGUGACUGUAGGGAGGUGAGGAGGAACGCAGGAUGAGCUCCGACCGAGUGCCAUCGCGGGCGGAGGUGAUGGGGUGGAGCCCGCAGCAGCUGGCGGACUACCUGAAGAGGAUGAGUCUGUCCGGCUGUGAUAAAGCUGUGCUGAAGAACGCCAUCAGCGGAGCCAGAUUUGUGAAUCUGAGCGACAACGACCUUCAGAAAUUCCCCAAACUUCACGCUCCGAUGAUCUCUAAGAUCAGAAGUGAGAUCAGCAAGAAGGAGGAGAGGAGAGGCCUGUUUGGUAAAAAAACCACAAUGCCUAAAUAUCAUGAACCAGAAACAGCCGCUGAGGUUCAGGGCUGGGGUGACGACGAGUUUGAUGAUGAAGAAUUCGACGAUGACUAUGAGAGUCCGUACAGCGGCGAUGAGGACGGCAGCGGGGGAGACUACGAGUCCCCAAACGAGGAAUUUGACGUGUCCAACGAUUACGAGCCUCCUCCCUCUGAACCUCCAGAGGACAUGGCUCAUAAACUGUGCCCCACCCUGCCCAUCGGAGACAGCGAUUAUAUAGAUAACAGGGAUAAUCAUGUGUCGUCCAGAGGCCCGCCCCCUGCUCUUUGUCCCCGCCCCCCGGUCGCCACUCUCUCAGCUCCAUCACCUCGGAUGCCGGGAGAGUCGCCGUCCUCCAGAAGAGACCACUCGCCUCACUUAGGUGGACGACCAUCAGGGAAGAUUCCUCCGGGGCCACCGCAGAUCUUCCGUGGCAACAAACCGGGCAGAGAUUCUGGAUCCAACCCGUCCCCCGUCAGAGGACCUCAUCGCAACACAGUGGACAAGCCGGCCGCACAGUCAUGGAGGCCUCAGAUGGACGCUCCAGAAAUUCCCGCCUGGUCCAAACCUCCUGCUCCUCCUCCGUCCUCCUCCUCCGUCGGCAGGAGCAACUCCUCCGUCAGACCUUUUCCUGGCAGGUUCGACAGACGAGAGCAAACACACGAUGACGCACCCAAACACAACACCUUCCCCCUGCACAACAAAAGUCUUCCCCCGCGUCCUGGACUCCCCGGGCUGCCGCAACGCCACGGAGACAGCAGUUUGCCUCCCAGUGUUCCCAGUGUUCCCUCUACAGACUCUCUGCCUCACAAACUGCAGUCUGUGAUGGCCGAUCACAGAAGCAGCAUUGUUAGAUCAGACAGGUCGCCGUUUCGUCCUCCUCAACCUACAACACAGGAUCUGGACCCUUGCUGGUAUGUGGGUAGAGUGACCAGAGGUCAGGCAGAAGGAUGUCUGAAACGAGUCAACAAGGACGGGGCGUACCUGGUGAGGGACAGCACCCGGCAGCUGGCCAAUCAGCCCUUCACUCUGAUGGUCUUCUACCAGGACAAGGUCUACAACAUCCAGAUCCGACAGCACAACCAGCAGUUCCUGUUAGGAACCGGACUCAAAGUCCAAGAGUUCUUCCCAUCAGUGGGUGACAUCAUCGGCCAUUACUCCCAGUCUCCUCUGCUUCUCAUCGACGCCAAAAACCGCGGCUCCGGCCAGCAGAACCAGUGUCUGCUGUCUGACCCGGCCGGGUACUACAUGACCGGACACAACUGAUCAGACCGGAUCACGCCGGUUCAGACUGGAUUACACCGGUUAAGACCGACCACAAACUAAACCAGAGAGAAACCAACAGGCAGAGUUAAACGUUUGGGGGUCAGAUGCAUAAAACUCUGUAGCUUCAUGACUAAAACUGCGCGUGCUCCAGGCAGAGUAUCAAUACUCGAUACCUUCACGGUAUCGACCGAAAUAAUCCAGUACCAAACUCUUCCAACCUGCAUUCAAUCCUUUUUGUACUCAGGUCUGGAAAAAAAUGACUAUUUGUAUGGUUUUGCUUGCAGCCAAUCACCACAAGCCUUCUUCUAUUUAAUGCAACGUGUGAUUGGUCGACUAACGCAGCUACAACCCAAACAGUCAGUGGUUGUGUUUGACAGAGUUGACAGUUCAGAGUGUCGAGAUGCCGCUAAAAAGUUCAAAAGUAUAGUUAUACUACACACCUGUUGUGUCUGAUGAAAGUAAAUGCAUGUUCACAAUGACUUCGACACCAGCGUUGUCUUCUCCUCGAGGACACGCUGCAACUGUCGAUUACGUCAGGUGAUGGUUACCAGGCUGACAUUAAACUUACUUUGGAUUUUAUUGAAACAAAUAUCGCUUUGGGCAGGUUCUAGUAGGCAGGUUUGUGUGUUAGUGAAGCAGAAAAUAAAAGGUAUUGAAUGAAGUACUCUGUUGGUAUCGGUAUCACUUUAAGGGUACUGGUGGUACUGGUAUUGGUGCUGGUAUUGUAAUUUUUUAAACAAUGCAUUGUUUUCCUCAGAUUUAUCAAGCUGUGUGUCUAUUUUAUAAAACUUAGUCAAUGUGGAACCAGUAGCCUCAUUUCCUAUCUCACGAUCAUCCAUAAAUGGAUGAAGACGCCCUUAAUCAGCUGUUUUCAUAUCAAUACGUCCAAUGUGUGAAACAUCAUGUGACUCGGUGCGGUCGGCCGUAGAUCCAAGUAACCACACAAGAACCCAGCGCGGAUGUGUUUAGUUAUUGGUCCGUUUAUUUGUUCUGUUAUAUGACGACCGUUCAGGGACUUUUUAUUGUCGUGUCAUUUUUAUUGACAUCUAUUAUCUUCACCAGAUGUACGUCUGGAAGGGAUCACGCAUUUAGUCUUGUGUGUGUGUGUGUGUCCACAGACUACUGGACCUAUCAACCUGAUACAUAUGACUGGAUGUUCUCCUCCUCAGAAACCUAUUUUAUGAUGCCUUCCGUAUGAGCCCAUUGUAAAACUUAGACCUUUGUCUUUUCAGCAGUCCUCGCCGUUGUACGAUAUACGUUAUGAUGUAGCACAAGGCGUUUCCAGCAAUCAUCUUGGCUAAAAACAAGGCUUAGCUAGUCUGCUGUAGGCCACAUUUUGGCCUUUGUUGUGGCUCAAAAACUGAAAUCACACAUAGAAAAGUUUCGUCUCAUCUGCAGAUUAACUCCAUACCUGAUAUGUUUUGAUCCACGAACAUACAAGAUCAAUAAAUCCCUGUUUCUGUUAUCUUCACCGCCAUCUCAAAUGCCAUAAAUGCUUUGACUGCAAUAUAUUUUUAUUGUGUUAUUAUCAAGAAGAUUUUGAUAGAUGCAUAGAGAUGAACACUUACUGUGGAGAUGAAUAGAAAAUAAUUAUUCCCAUUGUUGUGACCCUCCUAAAAUUUCAUUUUGAGGUUUUCAGGGGUCCAAGCUGGUUCAGACCCUCUGAGACCACCACCUGCUCCACCCGUCUGUUCACCAACGUCCAUAUUAAUCCAUCAGCAGCAGAGAUAUCAGUCUUAUCACUGGUCAGUUUGUAGUUCAUAUCUAAAGCGACUUUACAGAGUGUCAUAACUAAGGAUAAAAUAAAAGGAAUCGAUAUUAAAUUCAUAAAAUUUGCCUUUUAUUGGUGUUUUACAGAUCGCUGCGUAAACACAUAACAUCUGUUAUAUGUUGCUUAUUUACCUAAACAAUGUUUUAUUAAAAGAUUUUCAGCUUAUAUUUCAUCUUGACCCUCAGAUCACUUUAGAAGAACAUGUGUAUGCUGGUCUGAGGUCAGCAUGAGGUGUUUAUAGAGACCAGUUGAUGUGCAGGAAGUAGCGUGUACAUGUGUUUUUGUGUGUUUUUUUGUGUACGCGUCGUUUAUGCAUCUGGCCCCUGCUGUUGUUAAUUCUCCCAUAAACAGGAAUGUCACUCUUCUGUGACAGAUGAGUGAAAAAUGUCAGGUUUUUUUUGCACGUUUUUCUUAAUUUGCUUGUUUUUUUUAACUCUACAAUCUGCGGUCUGUAGCUUUGUGUCUGCGCCAACAUUUAACCUUUCAGACACCUUUACUUUACUUUAACUUCUGUAUGACGUCUCUUUUGGUACACUGUGCUGGAUAAAUGCUGUAUUUCUACAACAUUUAAGUAUACUGUACAUUCAAACUGUGCUGGUUCUGUCUUCAGCUGAUAAUAAAGCCCAGUGCUCUGUCUCAGUCUGUAUUUAUGUGGACAUUUUGGAUGUUAAUCAUGCAGAUUAAUCUUCACUUCACUUUGAGUAUUCAGACAUCUUCAAUUCACUGUAAACGUGUCAUAUUCACCUGGCUUGUCCACAUUAAAAUACAUGAAAACGUCA